UAACAUUGUUAGUUCAAAUCGCUACUUAGCCAAAACAGAUUAAUUUUCGUUCAUUUUUUUGCAAAACGGCACACAAGUCAAAUUUGUCAAAUACAGUUGUUCUCCCAUUCUAAAAAAGGAAACGAAGUGCAAAAGGGGAUAUUGGGGAUAUUCUUACAUUCCGUGUAAUAACUCAAGAAAUGGUUUCACAAAAACCAGUCAGAAACGCAAUAGGAAGUUAGGAGUUAGGAGCUGAAAUAGAAGCUAGGAAAGUAGGUUGGGGAGUAGGAAAGUACUCUCAAGAAAAUUAUAAAUAAUUUGUAAUCUUUUUCUUAAAAAUAAGCCAGAAUCAAGAAAUAAUGGAGUUUAGCAACAUUCGUUUGCGAAGCCUUUUGCAUUACGACCCGGAAAGUCAAAAGUUUUCACCGACAUCAACCAUAAAAUACCUUCGAGUGCCUGAGGAUAAGGAGUAUCCCCUGGAUCUGACCAAAAACUAUGAGACCUUUGUCCAUCGGAACAACGAAUAUCCCGGUCAAUUCGAUAUGGUGCAGUACUACUUUGAGCACGUCGACAAAUUGGCGUUUAUUCGGCAGGACUUUGACAUCUUUUGCUCCCGCAAAGUACUACUAACGCUAACUACCGCCAAGCCAAGGACAUCAUUUACCAAAGAUUUGUCGAUGGAGGCCUUCAGGUUUAAAGGAUGUAUCUUUCUAAGGAUGCUACAAGAAAAUGUUGAAGCUUCCGCCCGUGAUUCAUACUCAUUUAAGGCACGCCAGUACCUAUUUAGUGAUGAGCCAGGAAAACUACCCGAUACGAAUGCCCCAGUAGACCAGAGGGACCAGAUGUAUGGAAUGUUCUCCGCUCGAAUUGGGAAAUUCCGAUUGCUCUACUCAUGCGAGGUUGUUGGAGUUACAAACACCGAAAAGCUCGGUGAUCUCACUGAUCCCGAGGAGCUGGAAAAGUGCUCUUUAACCACCGUAAGGGUCGUUAAAAGCUAUGUCAAAUGGCGAACCUCUUUUCGCUGUCCUUCGUGGGUCCUUCAGACCUACUUUUGUGGAGGUAGUCAGUUGGCUGUAGCCAAAUUCGAUGAUAAUGGAUGUGUGCCCGAAAGGAUUGAGGUCGAGUCCGUUGAGGAUUUGCUCGAGUCUCACGUGCGAUCUAACCAGACCAGCUUUAAACAAUUGAACGGCUUUUUGGAGCAGAUCAGGCAGAAGCUGGACGAGGUCGACAGUCCGAAUGUGAGCCUGAAGUUUACUCUCUCCGGAAAUGAAUUAGUUUUCGACGAGGCUUUCAAGACCGACUUUCUGGACUUCGCCAACCAGUUUUAGGCUCAGUGAUAUUAUAUUCUUAUAAUAUACCAGCUGUUUGUAUAUUAUAAGCCAUGAAACUCAAAAGCGCCAAUAAAUUUGUGGUAUUUCCCUUUAUACAUUUAA